GGCAGACAAAAUACAAGGAGUUAUCACUUGACCUUUGCGGCCAUCGAAGAAGAGAAAGCAAAGCUCCCAAUCCCAAAUUCUCACCAAGCUACUUCAACGUUACUGUAUAAUUCCGCCAAAAAAACAGAAAGAAUAAAAUAAGAACUGAGAAUAUCGAAAGACCUUGAAAUUGGCAAAUCUAUCGCCAUUGGCCACUUGCCCCCUCAAACUUUCCUUUCCUCUUACAAAAUCUAUGAAAUGAAAAUCUAAUCUUCAAAAUAUUUCGCAUCAAACCCAAAAAAUGUCAGCUUCCGCUUCAAUUCGCUGCUGGGUGGAUUGUGGUUCCACCAAUCAUCUGCCUCGAGGUAAAUUAAUGCCUUUGCGUCCAAGAAUUAGGCCAUCAAUGCUUUCAUGCCCCUCAAGAGCGGAUUUUUUGAAACUUAACCUCUACUCGGGCCUUAGUUUGCUUUCUUCUAUGAAGUCAGAGCCUAGAGCACAAUCUAGAAAGUUUCAUCAAUCAUGUGCAUUGGUUGUUAGAUGUGAUCACCCUCAAAAUGCAGACUUGCCUCGCUAUUAUUCAAAGAAAGAGAAAAAACCCUUCCCUGUACCCAUAGUGGAGCUGAGGCGAGCUGCUAGGGAGAGGUUCAAGAAGAGCAAAGGCCAGCCUAAAAAACCAGUUCCACCUCCAAAGAAUGGCUUAAUUGUUAAAAGCCUGGUACCCAUUGCCUACGACGUGAUGAGUGCAAGGGUUACAUUAAUUAACAAUCUCAAGAAACUCUUGAAGGUGGUGAAUGUUCAUGCUUGCGGUUAUUGUAAUGAAAUUCAUGUUGGUCCUGUUGGGCAUCCAUUCAAGUCAUGUAGGGGUCAAGGUGCUUCCAUCCGCAAUGGCCUUCAUGAAUGGACAUAUGCAACUGUUGAAGAUGUAUUCUUGCCGGUUGAUGCCUACCAUCUAUAUGAUCGCCUUGGAAAGCGCAUACGUCAUGAUGAGAGAUUCUCAAUUCCUUGGAUUCCAGCAGUAGUCGAGCUCUGCAUCCAAGCUGGUGUUGAUGUUCCUGAAUUUCCAACAAAGAGGAGAAGAAAGCCAAUCAUUCGUAUUGGGAAACGGGAAUUCGUUGAUGCUGAUGAAAGUGAACUACCAGAUCCUGUCCCAGAAGUUCCCCUGAAACCAAUAUUGACUGAAAUACCAGAUUCAGAGAUAGUAGCUCCUUGCGAUGAAGAGGAAACGGUCUUACUUGCUGAGGAAACUCUCCAAGCGUGGGAACGGAUGAGGAGAGGUGCCAAGAAGCUGAUGAGGAUGUAUCCUGUGAGGGUUUGUGGAUAUUGCCCGGAGGUGCAUGUGGGUCCCUCUGGGCACAAAGCACAGAACUGUGGGGCUUACAAGCACCAGCAACGAAAUGGGCAGCAUGGUUGGCAAGCGGCUGUGCUUGAUGACUUGAUACCUCCAAGAUACGUGUGGCAUGUCCCUGAUGUGAAGGGACCACCAUUGCAGCGGGAACUCAGGUCUUUCUAUGGGCAAGCCCCUGCUGUGGUGGAAAUUUGUGUGCAGGCUGGUGCUGCUGUGCCUGAUCAAUAUAAACCAACCAUGAGGUUGGAUAUUGGGAUCCCCACCAACCUUCAAGAAGCUGAAAUGGUGGUUUGAGCUAGGGUCUUUCCCCUUUAUUUUGUAUUCUUCAUUUCCAUAUAAAAUAUUUGUUGUAAUUGAAUAUUGGCAUUUAAAUGAAAUGAAAUUCAAAGUUCUUUUAAAAGAUGAUACUUAGUUUUAUGAUUUUUGUUCUCGUGAUGGUUGUCACUUAUUUGCAUCCUGAUUUCAUGGAUGUAAGCGUUUCAUUUCUCUUAUUGUGUUUAAUUAUUUUAAGAAAUCUUCUUAAAGAGAUUUUUAAGGCUAGAAUACGAAAUGCAGAGUAAUGGCAAAUUGCUGGUAAUCCAGAGGAGUCUUGUGCACCAUAACUUCUGGACCUACUUCAAACAGUCCACUGCCACUUGUCAUUAACCACCAUAACUUCUCAAUGUGGAUUCUCCGCGUCAAUUGUCCAUUAACUGGCUCCUAUUUUUCUUGCCACCUUCAUGUUUCCCUUUAAAUUUCGCAGUAACAGGAACAGAGAAAGGAAACAAACAU